GCCUUGUACCAUGUGACCUCUGUGAUCAUUCACAGAUUUCACAAGUAGUAAGCAAUGAUGUCAGGAAGUGACAUCUUGCUUACUACCAUUCAUGUGAUUACUAAUUGGCCAAUCAGUGAUCACAUGAUCGGGACCUCACAGUGGUCCCUACAGCGAUGGCGGUGCCACACGCUCCCAGGGAGCGCGCACAGGCAGUGAAUGCAGAGGCCGUUUAUAAACGGCCACCCGCUCAUGCACUGCUCCCAUCUGGCCGUUUAUAUACAUGGGCCAGACGGGAAGUGGUUAAAGUGGA